GUUCUUUUUAAGAAUACCCUGUAACUUGCUAUAUAUAGAUCAACCACAAGGGGAGCUCUAUAGCAUCUUGACUGGCACCAGAAACUGCGAUUGGGCAGGCCCAAGUGUGGUUCUUAUGCAAAAGGUGAAAGUGGUAUCUAUCCCUUUCAUGCAAGUCUCAUCCAAGGACUGGAUAGUCACACAGAGAACGUGUCUUUCUUGACAAAUGCAGUAUAAGCAUAAAGCCAGCAGCACUGCAACACACUUGGGAAGGAAGGGAAAUGAAGAUAAUAGGAAGAUUUUUGUGGAUGCGGACAUAAUCUCCAGUGCCAUGGCUCCUCUUUUGAAAUGUGCUGAUUGGGACAGACAUGAGGUGUCAAUGCGAUGCUCAGGAAAGUGGCAGUGGCAGCCGCCUCCAAACCGCACGUGGAGAUCCGCCAGGAUGGGGACCAGUUCUACAUCAAAACGUCUACCACCGUCCGCACCACUGAGAUCAACUUCAAAGUAGGGGAGAGCUUCGAAGAGGAGACUGUGGAUGGCAGAAAAUGCAGGAGUUUAGCCACUUGGGAGAAUGAAAACAAGAUCUAUUGCAAACAAACUCUUAUUGAGGGAGAGGGCCCUAAAACAUAUUGGACUCGGGAAUUAGCUAACGAUGAGCUGAUUUUGACUUUUGGUGCCGAUGAUGUUGUGUGCACAAGAAUUUAUGUAAGAGAAUGAAGAACACCAAUUGACUUGUCACCUGGGAUGGAGUGGAGGAUUAAGAGGCAGCCGUUGUGAGAAAUCCUGCAUAAUGAAUAUCUAUGUGUACUGUUACUAAUGCAGCAUUGUAUGUGACCACGGGUGUCAUAUCAGAAUCCCUAUCUGCUGUUAAGUGUAUUUUGCUUUUGUUUUGCAUAACAAACACUGUUCCUUUUGAUUCUUAUGCCAUCGCUUUUCUGUCUACUUUGUAUUUUGUAGUUACAAAUUUGUAUCAGUUAUUAAAUUUAUUGGGCAU